AUGAGUGGCGAAAAAGACGAUGAAGAUGACGACGAUGAUGGAAAGCCAUCCAGAAAAAAGUCAAGUGGUGCACAAGAUGAUCAAUUUAUGAAUCUCACUAAAAAAUUGAUUGAAGUUCGGAAUAUAUUGAUGAGCAUUGAUCAUGAAGAAGGGCUUAAGUUACCUAGUAUCGUGGUUAUUGGAAGUCAGAGUUCUGGUAAAAGUUCUGUACUCGAAGCUAUCGUUGGACAUGAAUUUUUGCCAAAGGGAUCCAAUAUGGUAACUCGAAGACCGAUUGAGCUUACAUUAAUACAUACACCUAAAUCUAGAGAAGAAUAUGGUGAAUUCCCUCAAUUAGGUUUAGGAAAAAUACAUGAUUUCUCUCAUAUUCAACAAACUUUACGUGACCUCAACCUUGCUGUGCCCGAAUCAGAAUGUGUAUCCAACAAACCAAUUGAACUUCGAAUUUACUCGGCAAAUGUUCCUGAUUUAACUUUAAUUGAUUUACCUGGUUAUAUUCAAGUAAACAACAAAAAUCAACCGGGAACUUUAAAAGACAAAAUUGUUGAAUUAUGUGAACAAUAUAUCAAAGAACCAAAUAUAAUAUUGGCUGUUUGUGCGGCUGAUGUAGAUUUGGCAAAUUCUGAGGCAUUAAAAGCUGGUCGUAAAGUUGAUCCAUUAGGUUUGCGAACUCUUGGUGUAAUAACUAAAAUGGAUUUAGUGGAACCUGAAAUUGGUGCCGCGAUUUUGCGAAAUAGUGAUUAUCCUUUACAUUUGGGCUAUAUUGGUGUUGUUUGUAAACCUCCUGCAAGCAUUAAAAAUAAAAAGAAUAUUACUUCUGCAUUAAUACGUCACGAGGAUCAAUUUUUCAGGAGUAAUUAUGUGUAUAGUCAACGUGGUAUUCAAGUCGGCAUUGGUACUUUACGAAAGAAACUAAUGGAAGUAUUGGAAGAAGGCAUGGCAAAAUCCUUAUUUUCUAUUGUUGGGACAGUACAAAAAGAACUAGAAGAAACUCGUUACCAAUUCAAAGUACAAUAUAAUGAUAGGCGAAUUACGGCAGAAUCAUAUGUUGCUGAAACCAUUGACAGCAUUAAACAAAAUUUUAAAAAUUUUGCACACUCUUUUGGAAAACCACAAGUAAGACAUGAAGUUCGAUCAAUGUUAGAACAGAAAGUUAUGGAUCUUUGCGCUGAACUAUAUUGGACUGAUAAUAAAAUCGUUGAUUUACCAAAAGUAUCAGUUGAUGAACUUUAUUGGAGGUACAAACUUGACAUGAGCUCUGCUGCCCUCACGAAAAGUGGCAUUGGACGAACUAGUACUCAACUAGUAGUUGGUGUAUUAAUGGCAAAUAUGGAAAAAAUUGCAUUAUUGGAACCAUUAAAUAAUCAUCCUGAUACAAGUAGUAAGCUAUUAAGUCUUAGCAAUGAAAUUUUACGUAACAAAUUUCACACAACUUCAGAUCAAGUUGAAAAUUGUGUAAAACCAUAUAAACAUGAGGUUGAAUGCAGUGAACAAGAAUGGACCGAUGGUGUAAAAAGGACAAUAUCCCUUCUUGAAAAAGAAUUGGAAAGUUGUAAUAGAGCUUUACAAAACAUUAAAGAUACUGUGGGAAAAAAGAAACUUAGAGCUGCAAUCAAAUAUGUAAUUGAUGCUGAGAGAGAAGCAAAACGUGUACAGGCUCAAACUCGGGAUUCUGGGGAAAGUACAGUUGUUGAUAAUGGGAACGAGACUUCUACAAUUAUUCAGGCUCAAUCUGUUGUAGUCAGUGACAUAAUAGAAGAUAAUGAUCAUAGUCGUUUACAUUUCAACUCUAAAGUGAUCGAAAAAGCUCUUGAAGCAAUAUUUCUACGAGAUCGAUCCAUGAUACUAAAAUAUCGUCUGGCUGCCCUUAAAUCACGACAAUGCAAAUCCUCCGAAAACAAACAAUAUUGCCCUGAAGCAUUUUUAAAUAUGGUCGCCGAAAAACUUGCUUAUACUGCUGUGAUGUUCAUUCAGGUUGAAUUGUUAAACGAAUUCUUUUUCCAAUUCCCAAGAGAAGUAGAUAAUUUACUCGUAUAUGGUAUGAAUAAAAAUCAAAUAUUAUCAUUCGCCAAAGAGAAUCCAAAAAUACGGAAACAUUUGGAAUUACAAGAGAAAAAACGAAAAUUGGAAGAGGUUAUGGAAAAAUUAAAUUAUAUAAGUAGAGAUGCAAACGGCUGGCUCGGCUCUGCUAACG